AACGGGGAAGCAAACUUCGUACAAAGGCGCUGGUUUUUUAUUCUUUUGUUGCUUUUUCCGGGUUAGAGUUAACCGUUUUGAUUGAGAGUAAAAUUAGCAUCAGGACAGUGUUGUGCUCGGUGGCCACACGCACCCCUCGGGCUACGUUUAAUUGACUGUUUGACAGACGCGGCUCGAGUUACUAGCGACUUCGCGCACGCACGUACGCGUAGAAAAGUCACUUCAAAUCAGUGACCCUUGUCAGCGUUCUCCUACAUCUCCCUUCCCAAUCGGUCCGUCAUUUGUCACGGUGAAUUUGACCGUACGUCACGCGUAUACCCAAGUGUGUGUGUGUGUGUCGAUGUGUCAAAAGGCGACUUGGCUGAAGCAACAAGUUGCACAUCGUGCCGUUUGUCCGCUGUGGCCGUGAAAAGACGUACACGGUGAUCGGUAACAUCUGGCGCAGUGUUAACAUCGCACACACUCCCUCCCGCAGGGCUGCGCCAGGUGGUUUCCCUUCUCCUCCAGACCGUACGGGAGAUCAUAAUAAAUAAAUAAAUAACCUGUUCCGCACGGGAAACGAGCUGCUUGAGGUUUGUCUCACAUUUCAACCGAACCGUUUCCGAUGCGAAAGAGAUCAGUGUGAUCUUCCGCUCGAUCAAGCAGAUCGAAAAGAAAGUAAAACGAGAGGAGAGAAAAAAGCCGACAACCCCCACGGCUCCCAUAAACCAGCGGUUCGAUAGAAAAGAGCGGCGUGUAACUUUGUGCGGCCCGUUGAUUUGUGGUUCUAAAAAUAAGCGCCCCAACCGACCGAUUCCGGCGACCGAGUUCGACUCGGUCGCCCGUGGUGGCACACAACACCCGGUGUAGCGAUUCGGUACGUUGGACCUUCCCGGCUGCUUGGUGACAGGCGAGAGUGAAAUUUGUCGUGAAAGGCAGACCCACACACACACACGCACUAGCGAAUGCGCACACGUGCUACGCAAGCAAGAAAUACCGGAGCCGUCGGGGUUUGCGCUCUCGAUAGUGAAGCGUUGGUGACUGAUCGAAGUGAAUGCGUUUAAAGCUUUGCAUUUCCUCGUGUAGCUCCAGAGCCAGGUGUUAAGUAAAGUGGUUUAGUUUGAGCAGUGAAAAUGCCGUCUCACCAUAAGAAGAAGAAACAAAAGAAAUAUGAUCCACCAAAGUCGAACCAUUCGAAGGAAAAUAUCAACCCCUGCUCAGAACACGAUCGCCAACCAAUAGCGGAAAUCCAACUGGAAUCCAGUAAACCUUACUUAGUGAAACGCUCUGAGCAAGUUGGAAGGUAUAUUGUGGCUGCGAGAGAUCUAAAAGCUGGUGACGUCAUCAUCGAAACACCUCCCUUCGUAGUGGGCCCAUGUGCAGAAACGGAACCCGUCUGUCUGGGUUGCCACAGUGCCUUCAAGCCGGGAAGUGUUGUGUAUAGAUGUGAGAUCUGUAACUGGCGAAUAUGCUCUCCGAGCUGUCAGGGACUCGCCCCGGCAGGAACUCACCGGCAGCUGGAAUGCAUUCCCCUACGCGGUAAAGCAGUCCACAAGCACCUUCAAACGUCCACCGUCGCCCAGGUGAAGCUGAUGUACGAAGCCAUCCUAACCCUUCGCUGCAUGCUACUGAAAACCGUCGAUCGGUCACAGUACGAUCGUCUGCUCGGUAUGGAUCCGCUGAACGACGUACGGCAACAGAUACCGAAGCUUUGGAAUCGCAAUCAAAAGGAGAUCGUUGAACGAAUUCGUAACCAGUGGGGCUUUGCGGAGUACAGCGAGCUGGAACUGCACACCAUAUGCGGCAUCAUCGAGGUUAAUGCGUUCGAGGUGGGUCAGGAACCGACCAAAGCCCGUGCACUCUUCCCCGAGGCGUACCUACUGAUGCACGACUGUACGCCGAACACUGGCCACACGGAUGCACCUCAAACGCACCACCUUACCGUGCGGGUGCUGCGGGACGUUAGGGCGGGUGAGCCACUCACCCUAACCUACGCCCACAUCCUGCAGGGUACGCUCAAGCGCAGACAGCACCUAAGGGAGGAAAAGUUCUUCUCGUGCAACUGUCGCCGCUGCACCGACCCGUCCGAGCUGGGCACGAACUGUAGCGCGCUGCGGUGCAUGAAAUGCCCAAGGGGACACAUACUGCCGACGGAUCCGCUCAACCCGGAAGCGGAAUGGCACUGCCGGCAGUGUUCCACCGUAAUGUCCUGUGAGGCAGUAAUACUGCUGCUCGAACAGCUCUCCCAACAGCUCGAAACGAUCGGAGGGAACGACGUGGAUGGGCUGGAGACAUUCCUUCGGGUGCAGGGUGCGGUCCUGCAUGACAACCACUACCUACUGCUCUCGGUGAAACAUUCGCUGUGCGAGCUGUACGGGAAGAUUGAGGGCUUUUUGAUACCGCAGCUGAGCCGGGAGCAGUUGAAAAGGAAGGAGACGCUUUGCCGCGAUCUGCUCGAGGUAGUGGAUCAGCUAGAGCCUGGGCUGAGCAGACUGAGAGGUACGAUCAUGUACGAGAUGCACGUGCCACUGCUGAUAGAGGCCGGCCAGCUGUUCCAGGGUGGUGUGAUACAACGGGCCGAGCUGCGCCGUCGGUUGAAGGAAGUGCAGAGGCUUUUGAAGGAGAGUGAACGGAUUUUGGCGCUGGAACCGGCGGGAACGCCGGAGCAUGGGAUAGCGGAGGCGGCCCGGGAUGCUCUCAAGAAUAUGGGAGAUGUGUGAGGGUUAAACAGCGUUCGGUGGGGUUUUGUUUUACUAAUAAAAAUUUCAUG